AUGGAUGUUUCUUCUGAUAAAUAUCAGAAUCUAAUCUCGAGAACUUCAGAAGCUGUUUCUGAUGCGAACAAAACCAUUCAAUUGAGUCCUUUGCUGGCUAAGGCCUACCUUCGUAAGGGAACUGCGUUCAUUAAGCUGGAAGAGUAUCAAACUGCAAAGGUAGCACUCCAAAUUGGUGCCUCUUUUGCUCCUGAUGAUUCCAGAUUCACCAAACUCAUUCAAGAUUGUGAUCGCUACAUUGCAGAAGAAUCGAAAGAUAGUACCGAUAAGUGCAGAGUCCUGGUGUUGUCAACUAAAGUUGAAAUCCGCAUGUGGGUUGAAAUCCGAUAUUUCAAUUCUUGCUCAGAGAGGUGCCAGAAGAGGAGUGAGUCGCACUGA